AUGUUUAUUAAACCGUUCAAAAUCAAGUCCAAUUAUCAGCUGAAGGGAACUGAAAGAAAAAAGUUAUGUGAGGAAGUGUUGGCGGCGUACCCGAAUCUUUCAGACGAGGAGAUUCAAUUGCUGUUGCCCAAGAAGGAAUCUAUCAGCAUUAUGAAAAUAAUGACAUAUAAUGGACACAUAGGCAAAGUAUAUUGUGUCGCCAAAAUACCUAUGUUCUUUCAACUAGAUUCACGGGACACUCUGCUGUUUCCCACGAUUUUUACAUUAUGGCACCAUCCAUAUUUGUUACACUCCUUUACUAUGCAUACAGCACUUAUACCUAAAUUGGCAAGUGGCGCAGAUCUCAUGUUACCUGGAUUAAUUUUGAAGGAACCUGUGACUCUUUAUAGUUUUGGUAAACGGCCAAAGGGUACUCCAGUAUCAAUCAAUACCGAGAAUAAUAAGGCUGCAAUCGCUGUUGGUGUUACUGCACUUUCCAGCGAGGACAUGUAUUUGGCAGCUGGACAUGGGAAGUGCGUGGAGGUCUUUCAUGUCAUUGGUGACAUGCUCUGUCAAUUAGGCAAACCACCCCUGAGACCUGAUUUGGGUCCACCAAAUAUCGAUGGUUCCACAGAUACAUUGGAAAGUGUCGAAUCAAUCAAUCAAGAAACGAUUAUGAAUCAAACCGAAAUAUUGUCGAAUAAGUUAGAAGAGCUAGAUAUUGGCGAGAAUUCAUGUGAUGUAAUCAAAGACAAAGUUGUUUCUAAGGAACAUACAGAAGAAGUGGAAACUGAAGAUGUACAAAAUUCAAACACAGUUGAACCAGAAGUACUUGACCCAAUUCAAGAGAUGGAUAGGCUAUUGGAAUAUUGUUUUUUGAAAGCAUGCAAAAUGACGGUGAAAUCUAGCGAUUUGCCAAUGUUGUCGUCCAAUUUUUUCAAAAAUCAUCUGUUAGCCGCUUGUCCGCCGGGUAAAAACGUCGAUGUGAAGAAAUCUCGAUACAAAAAGCUAUCGGUUUUCCUAUCGGAAAUGAAAGCCAAAGGAAUAAUCAAUACAUCCAUCACAAAAGGUGUCGAGACCUUACUAUCCAUCAAGUUUGAUCAUCCGUUAGUGAAGAAAUUAAUCAUUACCGAAGAACCGGUUGCGGCUGAACCAAUGGUUUCGAAUAGCGCUGUCGUAUCGGAAUGUUAUCGAGUAACCGCCGAUGUUUUACCAGUUCUGUCAAAAUUUGGUUAUGAAAAAGGCGACGUGAUGAAAAGAGCCGAAAUCAGAAAAUGUUUUACUGAGUACGUGAAAGCGGAGGAUUUGCAAAACGGAAAGACUUUAAAGUUGAAUCCCCAAUUGGCGGGAAUCAUGCGAACCAAGGCUCAUCAGGAGACAGUGACGAUGGAAGACGGAAUAAACAAAUUUAUCGGACGUAUGACGCACAUGCACGAAGUUACUCUCGCAGGGAAUACAUUGUUGCAUACAGGAAAACUGGAACCAAUCGAUAUGAGGGUAACGGUGCGAUCGGGUGGAAAAAAGGUAACGUUAGUGAACAACUUGGAAACGUUCGGAAUCAAUCCGAAAGAAUUCAGCAAAGAAUGCCAAAGUAUUGGCGCAAGUGCGACAAUCACCGAUGAUCCUGGCAAAAAGACACCUAGUGUUCUUGUUCAGGGGAAUCAAAUUUUAUACGUAUACAAAUUACUCACAGAAAAAUACCAGAUAAAAAAGAACUAUAUAAGAGGUUUAGAAUUCGCUCCGAAAAAAAAGAAAUAAUCUUUGCAUCAAAAAAGUAGUUAUUCUAAUUAUCUAAUAAUUGUGAACAGUAAAACCAUUCCUUGUGAUCUUAAUUUUUUUCGGGACUGUCACAAAUGGAUAUUCGAUAUUGACGAGUGCAAUCGUUGACGGAAUAGUUUCAAUUAUGGAAAUUAUUGAAAAACGCUGCCAUUUUAAUUAUGAUUAAAACACAUUUUUUAAUAGACAGUUUUAAGACGAUUGAAUGAUAUCUAUCCUUUAUCAGAGAAGACCUUAUAAAUAAUUAUCAAAUAAAAGCAACUUAUGAAUAUACAA